CCCCUCUCGGCUGCAGUAGUCACGUGGCGGGCCCAGAGUCCCCCUCAGGCCGCGCAUGGCCGCCUCUGCCCGCUGCGCCUGCGGAACCCCGCGUGCUGCUGGGUCUCCGCGACGCCGCCAUCCCGGACCCGCCCGGACAGCCUGCAGCCCCGUCCUGGGCCACCAGCACGCUGGCGGCUCCCCGAAUUGUGUCCCUUCGGUAACCAUGAUUUAUCCUUCUUGUGGGAUCUGCGGUACCACACUGAUGCACAUAGUGCAGAUAUAUUGCCCCCUUGAAGGCUCACUAUUCCACCGUGUCGUUAAUGUAUUUGCUUGUGCCAUGAAAGGCUGCUGGGGAAAAUCAGAAAGCUGGAAAGUAUUACGCUCCCAGUAUUUGCAGAUGCAAGGAAACGAAACACAAGAUUGCAAAUUAAAGCAGAAACGAGAGAAUAACUUUGCACCAAAGGAUUGGUGUGAUGGAGCAGAUGACUGGGGAAUCUGUGAUGAAACAGAAUAUCCUGUGCAAACCACCAGUCACCUACUUGGCUUAAACACAGUGAGCAGUUCCUCCUCGUCCACAGCUGCGGAGUGUGCAUCCCAGUUUCAAGGACUUAGCCUGUCAGAUAUCUCCGAUUCCUUAUAUAGGCCAGUUCCAUGUGGAGAUUGGAUAGUAAUGCCUACCUCUUGUCCCAGAUUCCAGUCCCACUAUAUCAGUGUUGUGGAUGAGGAAGAGUACACUGACUACCUUUAUACAGAUCAUGCACACAAACUUUUAAAGGAAUAUCAACAGAGGGAGGGUGUUGAUUUGGAACUGUUGAUGUCAGAAAGUUUUGUAGGUGAAGGUGACAAUGAGAAGUAUGAAAAGAGUGAAGUCAAAAAUAGGGACCAUGUGUUCCAUAAAUUUAUGAAGAGAAUUUCUGCCUGUCAUGAACAAAUUCUAAGAUACUCCUGGGGUGGCCAGCCUUUAUUUAUAACAUGUCCUUCAUCCAACAUUAAUAAAAUGGUUCCAGUCUGCAACAAUUGUGGAAGUAACAGAGUCUUUGAAUUUCAACUUAUGCCAGCACUGGUCAGCAUGCUGAAGAGUGUUGAUGCAGAUCUAUCAGUGGAAUUUGGAACAGUUAUAGUUUACACGUGUGAAAGAAGCUGUUGGCCAGCUAAUCGUCAGAAUCCCUUGGAGGAAUUUAUUUUUAUACAAGAAGAUCCAGAUCAGCAAUUAUUUAAAUAAAACAUUUAUUUUCUUGAACAAAUAAAGUUCUUAUUUAAGUAAAAUGAAGGUAUUUGUGCAGCAAAAUGUCACCUAAUGAAAAUAUGACAUUUUGAAGUCACAGGGUAGCGUGGGUUUUUAGUAAUUCUUGCAAAGCAAACUCCAAAACUGCUGUGCUAGGAAGUGAAUAUUAAUACACUUUCAUAAAACUUGGUACACGUACAAGACUUGCUACUUUUGCUUAUGUACACAAUUUUGUAUAGUGAUUUACUAGUACAUAGUCUAGCUAGUAACUCUGACUACUUUGAAACUGUCAGGGAUGGGAGGGGAAAGGAGGAAGGUUGUUCUUAUUGCACUUGCUCUAGCUUUAUUUUGUUUGGUUUACGUUAGCUAGGCAGCAUUCUAGAGUCCUGCAACUGUUCAGCAGGAAAAGUUGACCCCCCUGUAAGGUUCUAUAUACCAGUCAAAUUAAGUAUAAAAUACAGGCAUUUCAAUUGCAUUUCUUUAUCUUCAGUUGGCAUUAAGUGAAUAUGGAGUUUGUGAUCUAAGAAAAUGCAUUCUUACUAUGACUACUGCACUAGGGAUGAUGAUCUAUUUAUGAAUUUCUGCUGUGAUUCUAACACUAGGUUCCAGGUACAUGACCUCUCCUUGCAGGGAGCUUUGUUAAGAAACAUUAACAAGGAGCACAGUAGUGGUUAGGUACAGGGUUGAUUGUGAAAACAGGGAUAUAAGAAGUUUGAGUCCCAUUCCAUUUACACAUAAAUGUUUUGGUAUGGGAAGCUUCUGUGAUAUGAAGAAGGGUUUAAAACUACCUUUCAUAUAAGGGGUUUCUAAUCCUUUUUCCAUCUCUUGUUUACCUAUUUUUGCUUUAAUGCACAUAAGAAGGCUGGCUUCGUAAUGCAGUGCUAGGGAUUAUUCCGUAUGUUCCUGAUUCUGUGAGGAUGGAUACAUCCUAACUUGUGUGAUAUAAGUGCUUCUCUAACCUAGGGCAUUGGCUGUAUACAAAUAUGCAGGGGUUUAGUUAAAUCCCUGUGUGAACACCUUUAUUUUAGUUUGAUGGGUUUUGCUUAACCCUAUUCUUAAUCCACUUAAAUAUACUACAGUAAGCCUGGUUUAAAUUGAA